AUGGCAAACAAAACGGCAGGACGAGUGCAGGAGAACAGACAAAAGCACAACAGGCAGAAACAGCAGAAGCAGCAGAAACAGCAAAGAAGACAAGAACAGCAGGAAGCACAAGCAGCAGAAGAAGCAGCAGAAGAAGCAGCAGAAGAAGCAGAAGAGCCCACGAAGAGCAACCCAGUGCCACCGGUCACGUGCGCUGAUAGCACGCAACGGGGCGUCGGCGCAGAAACAGCGCAGAAGCAACGCGGCGCCCAGGCGAUAGCGCCAGAUAAGACGCUUCUUCCCUUCGUCCCUUUGUGCUUCUCGUGCCUGUGCUUCUCGUGCUGCCUCUGCCUGUGCUUCCUCUGCCUCUCCCCCAUGCCCACUCUCACCUUGGACUCUCUCCCCCUCGACGUCUGGCUCUCUGUCUCGCGUUUCUUGGACUCCAGAGACCUCUGCCUCUUGAUCCAGACAAACUCACGCUUGCACUCUCUCCUCACCUCCAAUGUCUUCUGGAACUCCUUUAUCUUCCACAACUGGUACUCCUACACCUCUGCUUCCUCUCCAGACUUGAUUGCCCUCUUCCACCAUGACAUUGCUGCCUUUGCCUCUCUGCACCCUUUCAUUCCUCCCAACAACUCCUCCUAUUACUUUUUCCUUUAUCGUCUCAACCUUGAUCUCACAAUGUUAGACUAUCUAUCAACAAAGAUUUGCUGCUUCAGUUCUAAUCCCUCUUCUCUUUCUUCCUCUGAUUCUUUGGUCAACAACUACUGGAACUUCAUUUCCAUCUUCAAUUCAAACUCCCUACCUCUUUUGGUCAACCUAAAUAAAAACACCUCCCUCCUCCAUUAUACUAAAAUCUCCUUGCAAAACAACCUACCAAUCUACUAUCAUUCCAAUAAACUAUUAUUGUCUCAAAGAUCAAUGGUUGCUUUCAAUUCAAUACACUCCAUCUUAGCUACUACUUCUCCUCCCCCCUCCCUUUCAAAUUUGGAAUCUCUACUAUUUCUCCUAAAUCAUUUCCAUCCUAACUUUGAUCUCCUAUCCUCCAACAGAUCCUCCGUCAUCAACAAAACAAUCAAAAAAUUUUUAAAUCUUAAAUCCUCCCACAACUUUAAUCACAACACUCACGCAAUCUAUUCUUUAAUUAAAAUCUUUUUCCAUUUUAUCAACAUUAACCGAAAAUCAAAUCAAAAAUUCAUCUACAACUCCCCUUCCUAUAAUGAUUUCUUCAUAUUGAAUAUCUAUUCUGGCUUAUCCUCAGGAAAUCACAUAUCUUUAAACUCCAUUAUAUCAAACUUGGCUUCAUUAUUAGGCUACAAAACUAUCGUCUCCUCUUUUUUAUUAUUGGUCUACGACCCAAUUUAUGACCCAAUUCACAACUACUCCUAUUUCUUAAUUCAAAAUAAUCACAUUUCCAUCUUCAAUUUAAACCAAAUCUUAUUCGACAUUAAAUCAAAUCAAUCCUUUAGAAUCUUUCGCUCUCAACCCUUUCACACAACUAACUUCAACUCAGAUCUUUUUUCCAACACCAAUGAUAUUUCUGACUCAAAUUUAAUCAAUCUAUUAAAUCUCUCUUAUUUAAAGCCCUUAACUCAUACUGAUCUUUUAUUUUCCUUUUUCAACCAGUCUUAUAACUCAUCAAUUUCCAAUCAAUCAACUUUUAUUCUGAAUAAUACCCUCAACCCCAAUACUGAUCUUGAAAACGAUACAAACUACAGAUAUCCCUCCUUCACUCCUAAAGAUUACGAAUAUAUUAAAGCUUAUUAUAACCUAUCUUUAUCAAAUCUAUCUUCCUUUCAAAUAAAAAAUCAUCUACGAAUCUUCCAAAAUCAUUUAAAUCUGGACCAUUCAAUCGAUUUCAUUCUUUUUUUUUUAAACCGCUUAUGGCCUUCCUCAAUUUACAAUAAUUUUCAAAAUUUGAUUUACUUGGAAAAUUUCAAAUCUCAAAUCCACUCAAAUAACGCCUCAAUUGAAUCUUACUAUAAAAAAUUCAAUUUAUCUUUAACUUUAAACGAUCGUUUGUAUGCUAAUAUUGAUAUCCAGCCCUUAUAUCAGGUCGGUGAUCUAAUAUAUCAUAAACGUUUAGGUACCUAUUGCUUAAUCAUUGGCUGGAAACAUUUUGACAACAAACGUUUUAACUGUUCUAGAAGUACUUUUUUUUAUAACGUUUUAACAAAUUCAGAUGAUUUUAUAACAAUUUAUAAUGAAGAUAGCUUGCUAAUAAAUAAGUUCAAAGAUGAUCAGUAUGAACCUGAUGAAGUUCAUUAUAUUGCUAAUGAGGCCAACUAUAUAUUUAGGCAUAAUCAAAGAAUACCCAGAAAAAUUCUAAAUAAAUUUAUUCAUCAUCCUUUAAUAGGUUUGUUUUUUUCUAAAUUUGAUAAUCACAAAAACAAAUUCAUUGUCAACGAGCACUUAGUCAAAUUUUUCCCAAACUUAUAG